UGGUAAAAGUCAUCCAUUUUUCUUCUUCUUCCCAAAGUCCACAAUCAAAACGUUGAACACCACACCACCUUCCUCCACCAACCCCAACCAUUUCACUCUCUUUUCUAUCUAAAAUCCAUUUCACAAAAAUCACACACUCUCUCAUUCACCACUCAAUGUCGCAGUUCCUAGCACCAUGCUGCUACUGCUACUAGGGCUUCAACACCGCCACAAUAAUCACCAUCAUCAACCAUGGUCUUCAAAGGAAGAUUCUUCUCUUCCAAGAAAUCCGAUUCCUCCAGCCCCGAUGCUGCUUCCUCCAACAGCCCCCGAUCACUCUCCUCCAACUCCCCCUCCAGAUCCGACAAGAAAAAACCCAAAUCCCCCGCCAUAACCGUCACCGGCGGCGCCGCCUCCGCCCCCGCCGCGUGCCGCCAGACGCAAGUCAAGGACGGGACUAAGAAGAAGGAUGUUGUCGUCGUCAGGGGUAAAGAUAAAGAGAGUCUAGCUCUGUCCGGUUCGAGCUCGAAGAAGUUGACGGCGGCGGCGGCGGAGGGGAGGGAUAGGGAAUCGCCGGCGGCAGCGUCCUCGUCUUCGGUUUCGCCGAUUCUGGCGUCGUCGCUCGGGUUGAAUAGGAUCAAGACGAGAUCGGGGCCGUUGCCGCAGGAGAGCUUCUUCGGGUUCCGUGGUGAUAAGGGUGCGGCGCCGGCUCUUGGUGCUAGUAACCUCUCCAGGCCCGGUGUUGGGAAGAAGAAGGAGGUGGUGAGCCAGAGCAGAGUAGGGUUUCACGAGGGUUUUGGUGCUGGUGCCGGAACCGGAGCUUGGGUUGAUAAUGGAAGCAAUUCCGAUAGCAUGUCUACUGGGAGGUCCAGGGAACGGAGUCCGAUUGUGUUGGCCGGGUCGCGGCUACAGAAUGGAGAGUCAUCCUCUGAAGCAGGGAAGCAAGCACCAUCACAGGUUCAGGCUGGAGGCUUAAGCAGUGAAGAUGUUUGCACUCCAGAGACAGCAUAUGAUUUUGAAAAUCCGAAGGAGUCUGAAUCUCCUCGUUUUCAAGCUAUAUUACGUCUAACAAGUGCACCCAGAAAGAGGUUUCCUUCAGAUAUCAAGAGUUUUUCCCAUGAGUUGAAUUCCAAAGGUGUCCGACCUUAUCCAUUUUGGAAGCCGCGACGGUUAAAUAACGUUCAGGAGAUCUUGGUCGAUAUUAGGAAUAAAUUUGAUAAAGAGAAGGAAGAGGUGAACUCCGAAUUAGCUAUUUUUGCGGCAGACCUGGUUGGAGUUCUCGAAAAAAAUGCAGAUACUCACCCUGACUGGCAAGAGACAAUUGAGGACUUGCUAGUUUUGGCUAGGCGCUGUGCUAUGACUUCCUCUGGGGAGUUUUGGCUUCAGUGUGAAAGCAUAGUCCAGGAUUUGGAUGAUAGGCGUCAAGAGCUUCCUCAAGGGGUGCUAAAGCAUCUUCACACUCGAAUGCUUUUCAUUCUCACAAGGUGUACUAGAUUGUUGCAAUUCCACAAGGAAAGUGGUUUGGCAGAGGAUGAACAUGUUUUUGAUCUCCGUCAAUCUAGAGUUUUACAUUCCGCUAAAAAACCUAUUCCUCCUAGUGUGGGAAGGGAUGCUAAAAUUCCUAGUGCUGCCAAGACCUCAAAGGCUUCAACGAAAAAAGCUUAUAGCCAAGAGCAGAGUAGCUUCGGUUGGAAGAAAGAUGCUAAACAGCCUGAGAAUCUAUCGCUUCAUGCUGAUGAUGAAGCUUCAAAAAAUUUUGAAUCUCCUGGAAGGGAUCGAAUGGCUUCUUGGAAGAAAUUUCCAUCUCCAUCAGGAAGAAGCCCAAAAGAAAUUGCUCAGUUGAAGGACCAAAAUUAUGGGAUGGCUGAACCUUCAAAGACAUCAAACAAUAAGAGAUUCACUUCUGAUGUGGAUCUCUCUGCUGCUAAGCCAUCUGAGCUUCAUCCUAUCAAAGAUUCCCAGGACCAUGAUUCCAAGCACCAGCACAAAGUCUCCUGGGGCUACUGGGAUCAGCCGAAUAACAAUGAGGAAAAUUCAAUAAUUUGUCGUAUAUGUGAAGAGGAGGUACCUACUUCACAUGUUGAAGAUCACUCAAGGAUUUGUGCUGUUGCUGACAGUUGUGAUCAAAAGGGUCUGAGUGUCAAUGAGCGUCUUGUCAGAGUUGCUGAAACACUAGAAAAGAUGAUGGAAUCAUGUACACAGAAGGAUACCCAACAGAUUGUGGGAAGUCCUGAUGUUGCGAAAGUGUCAAAUUCAAGUAUGACUGAAGAAUCUGAUGUUCUUUCCCCUAAACUUAGUGAUUGGUCACGAAGAGGCUCAGAGGAUAUGCUAGAUUGUUUCCCUGAAAGCGAUAAUUCUGUUUUUAUGGAUGAUCUAAAGGGAUUGCCACUCAUAUCUUGUAAAACUCGUUUUGGUCCAAAGUCUGACCAAGGUAUGACAACAUCAUCUGCUGGGAGCAUGACUCCUAGGUCUCCUAUAAUGACACCGAGGACAAGCCAGAUUGAUCUGCUCUUGGCAGGGAAGGUUGCAUAUUCUGAACAUGAUGAUCUGUCACAGAUGAAUGAACUUGCUGAUAUAGCACGAUGUGUGGCAAAUGCACCUCUGGAUGAUGAUCGCACGUCGUCGUAUUUAUUAACUUGUCUUGAUGACUUGCGGAUUGUUGUAGAACGAAGGAAAUUUGAUGCACUUACUGUGGAGACCUUUGGAACACGCAUUGAGAAGCUGAUACGGGAGAAGUAUCUGCAGCUUACUGAGAUGGUGGAUGUUGAAAAGAUAGAUAUGGAGAGUGCUGUAAUUGAUGAUGAUGUCGUCUUGGACGAUGAUGUGGUUCGCAGCUUGAGAACAAGUCCAAUCCAUUCUUCAAAGGAUCGUACCUCUAUUGAUGACUUUGAGAUUAUAAAACCUAUUAGUCGUGGGGCAUUUGGAAGGGUUUUCUUGGCUAAGAAGAGAACAACUGGUGAUCUUUUUGCAAUAAAGGUUCUCAAGAAGGCAGAUAUGAUACGUAAGAAUGCAGUGGAAAGUAUAUUAGCAGAACGUGAUAUCUUAAUUACAGUGCGCAAUCCUUUUGUGGUUCGGUUUUUCUAUUCUUUUACUUGUCGUGAGAACUUGUAUCUUGUCAUGGAGUACCUAAAUGGAGGUGAUCUGUAUUCAUUAUUACGGAAUUUAGGUUGUCUAGAUGAGGAAGUUGCCCGUGUGUAUAUUGCUGAAGUGGUGCUUGCAUUAGAGUAUUUGCAUUCAUUGCGUAUAGUUCAUCGUGACUUGAAGCCAGACAAUUUGUUGAUUGCACAUGAUGGUCACAUCAAGUUAACAGACUUUGGGCUUUCAAAAGUUGGUCUCAUCAACAGCACAGAUGAUUUGUCAGGACCAGCAGUUAGUGGGACAUCCCUACUUGGGGAGGAUGAACCUCGUGUGCUUACAUCUGAGGAUCAAAUAGAACGGAGGAAGCAACGUUCUGCUGUGGGCACGCCUGAUUACUUAGCACCAGAGAUACUUUUGGGAACUGGACAUGGCUAUACUGCGGAUUGGUGGUCUGUUGGAGUUAUUUUAUUUGAGUUGCUUGUUGGUAUUCCACCCUUCAAUGCUGAGCAUCCUCAGACUAUAUUUGAUAAUAUUCUUAACCGUAAGAUACCCUGGCCCGCAGUUCCUGAAGAAAUGAGUCCUGAAGCACAUGAUCUUAUAGACCGAUUAUUGACAGAAGAUCCUAAUCAAAGACUAGGAGCCAGAGGAGCAUCAGAGGUGAAGCAACAUGUUUUCUUCAAGGAUAUAAACUGGGACACGCUUGCCAGGCAGAAGGCUGCAUUUGUUCCUGCUUCUGAGAGUGCUCUAGACACAAGUUACUUCACUAGUCGCUACUCAUGGAAUACUUCUGAUGGCCUUGUAUAUCCAGCAAGUGAUAUGGAGGAUUCUAGUGAUGCUGAUAGCUUAAGUGGCAGCAGCAGUUGCUUGAGCAAUCGCCAGGAUGAAGUGGGAGAUGAAUGUGGAGGCCUUGCUGAGUUUGAUUCUACUUCAUCUGUCAAUUAUUCUUUUAGUAAUUUCUCCUUUAAGAAUCUCUCGCAGCUUGCAUCAAUCAACUAUGAUCUCACCAAGGGAUGGAAAGAUGAUCCGUCAACAAAUUCUAGUGCUUAGCUAUCUCAUCUUCUGUCAAAGUCCUGAAUUUGGUUUUCGACCUAUGAUCCAAGCAAUUGGGGGGGGGGGGGGGCAUUAGAACCCCUGUUGGUUGUAUAUCUUGUACAUAGAUUUAGGGGGUUCGAAGUGGUUCGGGGUGUACUCUUUGCUUGUCAGGUUACAGGACAAGUGGGGUGUUUCGAUCUUUCGGUGUAUUGUGUAUUGAUUGAGAACUGUAAAUUUAAAAAGCAGAGAUCACAGUACUCUCACUAAUGUUCCAGCAAUGAGAACACAUCCCUUUUUGUUCAGGCCAGUGUAAUAUUAUUACUUGUAAAAUUAAGAUAUGAAUUAUCUUCUGAA